AUGGCCGACAUCAAGCCCCCUUUCACUAAAGAAUCCGCUCACCUGAAGGUCAAAGCAGCUCAGAACAUGUGGAAUACCCAGGACCCGUCAAAAGUCGUCAACGGAUACACGCCGACAUGUAUCUGGCGAAACCGCACAACAUUUUUCUCAGGAUCGGAAGCGAUCGUCAAAUUUUUGACGGCAAAGUGGAAUCGCGAGAAGAACUAUCGUCUGCGAAAGGAGCUCUUUGCUUUUUGGGAGGACCGUAUCGCCGUGCAGUUUUGGUAUGAGUUUCAGGAUGCGGAUGAUGGAAUGAAGUGGAAACGUUGCUAUGGGUUGGAAGAUUGGACUUUUGAUCCGGAGAGUGGAAAGAUGUGUAAGCGCAUGAUGAGCGGGAAUGAUAUGCUUCUUGGGUCUGGUGGGAAUGGUGAGGGGCGUUGGUUUGUGGAGGGGGUUGAUGUUAAUAAGGUGCAUAUCAGUCAGGAGCACUGGUAG